AUGAAGGAAAUUAUUGUAUCCACGGGUGUCGUGAACACUCCCCAGUUGUUAAUGUUGUCGGGGAUUGGUCCUAGUAAGGACCUGCAGAAGUUGGACAUCGAGGUUGUUCAAGAUCUACCGUUUGAGUACAGGUCGGAUGCUUACUGGGAAUGCUACAUUCGACACAUCAGCACCACCGAGUAUCACCCGUGCUGUACCGCUCCGAUGGGACCUGAUAACGACAAUAGUGCAGUGCUUGAUCUAAACCUCAGGGUUCGAGACAUACAAAUUCCUGAACUACAUUCCUCCUCAUACCACCGUCGGGGCGGGCCCAUAGCUGUAACUUACAGUCCGCCGUCUGGCCUAACCCCACUAGGGCUAAAAGCGGGAUCAGAACUCGGCUAUAACGUCACUGAUUACAACGGAGAAAUACCGGAAGGGUUCAGUGUUGUGCAAAGCACACUACGAAAUGGUAUUCGAAGCAGCACAACGGAUGAAUUUAUUGCUAAAGAAAAAAGACAAAAUUUGGAUAUUGUCACACGCUCUUUUGUAACUAAAAUAAAUAUUCAAGAUAAGAAGGCGAAUGGUGUUUUCUUUAUUCGAAACGGUCGGAAACAGUAUGUUAAAGCAAGGAAGGAGAUUAUCGUUUCCACUGGUGCCGUAAAUACUCCCCAGUUGUUAAUGUUGUCGGGGAUUGGUCCUAGUAAGGACCUGCAGAAGUUGGACAUCGAGGUAGUUCAAGAUCUACCGAGGCUCAAUAAAACUGAAGUCAGCGGACAGGACCCAUAUGACCACCCCUCAAUACACGCAAAUUACUACUCCAAUUGCGAAGACAUCAACGCCGUCCUAGGCGGAAUCAGAAUUUGGGAACAGCUUAUGGAAACAGACACUUUCAGAGAAGUUGGUGUGGAUACAAGUAAAACCAAGUUUGAGUACAGGUUGGAUGCUUACUGGGAAUGCUACAUUCGACACAUCAGCACCACCCAAUAUCAUCCGUGCUGUACCGCUCCGAUGGGACUCGCUUCCGAUAAUAGUGCCGUGCUUGAUCUGAACCUCAGGGUUCGAGGCAUCGCAAACUUGCAAGUGAUCGAUUCUUCAGUGUUCCCUAACAUAACAUCGGGCAAUCUUAACGCCCCGACAGUCACGGUUGCCGAUAAAGCUUCAAAUAUGAUUCGUGGAAUUGGCACUGUUGAGGAGUUCAAGAAUCGAGUGUAG